AUUAAAAUUCUUCAAAUUUUUAUAUAUAAUUGGGUUAUUGUUUUUAAAUUUGACUACGUGCACAUUCUUCCGAAAUUAGAUUCCGUUAUUAUUAUUUGAAAAUUUCUAAACCAAAUUAACAUUCAUACAUAUAUCAACGCAGUAUAACCAAACAACACGCAACUAAGCAAACAAAAAUUUGAAUUGUGAAAAAUUCGCAAAUUCAUGGCAUGACAUGGCUAUUUGUUAGAGAGACGCCAUUUUAUACACUUGAAGAAAGUGCAAAUGAUCGUCUCGCAAAAUAAGUAGUACACAACUACAUAUGUUCAUAUGUAUGUAUAUAUAUAUAUGUAUACAUAGUAUAUGAACACAUGUGUAUAUAUUUUUAUGAAAAUUCCGUUAUUCGCUUCAGUACAACUAAAAUUGGCAUUUAGUUGUUUUAUUUUAUAAUAAAUAUUAUUUCUAGUAUAAUAGAAAGACAAUAUUUUCGUUAGGCAAUGCCACAGGUGUAAACUUGCUCACUUAAAGUGAUUAUUAUUUUCCAAGUAAAAGCUGCACUCCACCCCUCCCACCAAUACAUACAUUGUAAUAUGGUAUUUUUCGAUCGUUAUUUAACCAAAUAUUCAAGUACUCAUUAUAUUUCGUACAUACUUGUACAUAUGUAUGUACUACAAGUAUGUAAUCUGCCGUCACAUGACGUGUGCUCAGCGAGUAGAGACGAGCACCGCUUUGGUACUUAGAUGAGUCAUCUGCUGAAAUUGCGUUUCGCUCACUAAUACAUGCACAUAUACAACUGCGCUCGUGUGGUGGUGCAUAAAUUUCCCAUUUUUAAUUAAAAGCUUUGGCAUAGCUUAUUGUGCUUCCGACGCACUUUUGCGCAUGUGUUGGCGAAAGCUUUUUUCAAAGCACUGUUGUUCUUAUUGUUUUUAACAUAUUGCCAUGAAAAAAUUCCCCACUAUAUUGUAGUGUAGUGAAACUUGGCAUAUUCGAUUCGUUUUUAUAAAUACCGAUGCGAAAGUAUUUGCUAAACGCAAAGCAUAUUUCAACCUACCGAGAUUGGUUGAAAGAAGAAUGUUUAGUAAAAUUUCAAAAAGACUCUUUGUAUUUAAAAAAACAACAUGUCAAUUUUAUAUUUAGUUAUUAAAAUUUCUCUACUGAUUCUUAAGUUUUAAUUUUUGCCUUUACAAUCGGCAUAAAAUAUACCUAAUUAUACGAAUUAGCAGCACCAUCUUAUAAUUUUUAGAGUUUUAUUAUUGAUACCUUAUCGAUCGAAACUAUAUUCUAUACAUCAAAUUUCUAACCACAUGCUCAGCGCUUUUUAAAUGCAAUAUUUUUGGUGACGUUAAUAUUAAUAUAUAAAUUACGAGCCCCUAAAUUAUAACUUUAAUCAAAAGUACUUAGAUAAAAUAAUACUUGACACUCGAAUUCGUGAUAAAGACCUUUUUAUUUGAAAGUAUUGUGAAUUAGGGAUGGGAAAAAUUAAUGCAUUCAACCUUUUCAAUUAAAUAGUAAGGUAUGGUAUAACCAAAUGGGUUCGAGUUAUAAGCCAUAUUAUGCUGUAUAUGUAUUAGGUCUAUCGAAUUUGUAUUUUUUAGCACAAAAUAUAUUUUUUGUAACAAUUAUGCUAGAGCGCAACUUCAAAGCAGAUUUUCAAAAUACUUUUUAACGUACUGAACUUUUUUUUCCAGAAAAGGAAUAUUUCUAUACAUACUACAUAAUAUUCUAAAAUUAUUUUUAAUUAUUCAAUUUAUCUAUUUUAUAUAAUUUCUUUCGAGUUUUCCUUCUAAAAUAUUUUUCUAUUCUUAAAUAUAAGAUCACUCGUAUUUUUUAUUUAAAAAUGUCUCUACUUAUUUAAUAACAUUUAGUAUGUAUCAUAGAAAUAACUUCUUGCUUAGGCUUGACUUCUGGCUUUCUUCGCCAAAAACUUCGUUCAUUGCCGGUUUUAAUCAGCUUUAGCAUUUCAUCCCAUCACCGGCACUUGCAGGGAAUUUAAUGUAUACACACAAUGUAGAAGAAAAAAAACCGGUUUGCCACCAGCCAUUAUUUCGCUUUGACUCUUCAAAAUAUUCACACACAUACACCCAUAUGCUUGCACAUAUGCGGUGGUAAUUUUGCCCAGUAUCUGUGUGUGAAGCGUAUCUCUGUGUAUCGUACUCGUAUAGGGGGGCUAUGUAUGUGGUGUUAUCAUUGUGAAUGUUUUGUAAAUACGAUGAGUGCUUUGACUACGUUCAGCGAGUGUCGAUUUUGAAUUUCACAACAGAUUCGUGGAGUAUAGCAACUUGACGUGCCGACGGUGUUUUACCCCGUGUGAUUAUUUAGGUGACUUGGCUAGCUUCGGUGAUAUUUUGUGGCAUUUUACAUAUUGUAGCUAAAGCCAACGUUUGGUGUUUGCUCAGCAAAAACUGAGUUGUGAAAUAUACAGAAAAUUGUGUAGAUUAUAAGGCGAAUAGACGGCACUUAAUUGGGUGCACGCCGCCAAUAGUGUGCAAGGCUCUAACGAAAAGAAGCAAAAGCUAAAGAAAAAAGUAUAAGUGUGGCAUAAAUUUAUAAAUAUUUAAAAUAAAAAAAAGUAAAAAGUCAAGCACAAGUCGCGCAAAAGUCGCAAAUUUUACAAAAGAAGUAACGUAAUAAAGUUUUUCGUAUUUGGUGGAAUCGUCGGAUUUCCGCCGAUUUUAUAGACAUAUAAACGUAGUAAAGUAAUUUCGGUUGACGUAGUUCCUACGUCCGCCGAAUCGCGGUUUUUCGCGUCAACAACAACAACACCCACCGAUUGGUUUCUAAACAGUUUAUUCUGAAGGGAAACUACAUCUAAGGCUCUAUUCAGAGACCGUUUAGAGGUUCCCCUACAAUUUCUUUAUUUCUUUAUAACAGUGAGUUAAAACCCUGUUCAAAAUGGCAUCAUUCAACGCCGCUCAGACUAGCCAAACACGGCCCACAAGCGAAUCAAACAACAACUGCAACAACCAGAAGAACAUUUGUACUACCGAGGACAACAACAACAGCAACGGCAUUACCAAGAAGGAUUACGAAUACGUCAAAUUCAAACAAGAUAAUAUUGAUCCAGGAGCAACAACAACAACAACGACAACAACCAACAUUAGUGCAAACGAAUUUGUGUUCCCUGAACGAGACAGAGGAUCACGAAACCAUAGCGAUACAGUUGAAGCCAUCGCAAAGAUUAUUGGUGAUAACUUCAGCGCCCACUACUGGCCAACCGAAAAUCUAUCAAGUUCGCAAGCAAACGCAACAGUCGCACCAGUUACAACAGUCGCAACAAACGCAACAGCAAAGACAAAGGAAGAAUAUAAGCUUACAGCAGCUGCAAAGAGCACGCUCAAUAGCAAAACAAAACAGAACAGCGCCAGCGAGUGCCUCAGCAAUCAGGGUACCCUUUUUACCAGGCUCGCCAUCAACGCUGCCUAUACUGAAACAGAGUUCGCCAAUAAAGAAAAACUCAAACUUGGUAGCCUUAACGUCCCCGACGGUGAUAGGAGAACCAAUUCCAAACAAUCCAAACACGAUUACGCAAUUAACGCAAACGCAAAGGCAAACGCCAACGGUGAAUACGUCGACCGACACCGUCUACUAUACGACCGUGUUGGAUUCAACCAAUCUGAACCAGAUUCAGGAGCAAAACAAGAAUUCGGAGAUAAUAUUGACAAACUCCGACAAUAUAAUAGACAAUUAUACGCAUUUGUGUGCGCCGUCACAGCAACAACAACAGCAACAAUCGUCGCAUUCAUCUGUGCAAUUUACGCAAACGCAACCACCAAGAACACUAGCCGCCAUGGCUGGGAUUCAGUUGACAGGUGCCGACGAGCACAUGUCGCCCGCGUUCAUGAGUGGAGCAACGCCUACUGCUACAGUUGAAGAGAUAAAUGUUCCGGUAUUCAUAGAUGAAUAUCUACAGCAGCCAGCGGCUACGCAUACUGAAGCAGCAAACAAUAUCAACAACUACAGCCAAAUCAGCAGCAAUAGCAGCAACAGCAGCAGCAGCAACAGCAAUAUUUGCCAUAGCAUCAGUAGCGGCAACGGCAGCAACGCCAACAACAAUAUCAUAAACGGCAACGGAUUUGUAGAUUUUGAAUUUGACAUGGAAUUGUUUCUGGACGGCAGUGACGUAGAAACUUUUAACAACAACAACAAUAAUAACAACAAAGAUAACAACUCUAGCAACACCAGCAUGAGUAACAAUACUUUGAACAACAGCGGCAUCGACAUGGCCGACAUCGAUGACACCUUUUUAAGCUGCAUUAAUAACAACAGCAACUAUAUUAAUAAUAAUAAUAACAGCAACACCAUUAAUAAUCUGUUGCAACAACCUAUAAACAUUAAAUAUGAGAAUUCAGAAAAUUUAUCACAAUUUGAUUUGAGCAAUGAUCUUUUAAUGAGCACGGAUAUUUCGACAGCUAUCGAUGAUUUUAUGCCUGAAUGGUUCGAGUGUAGUGAGCAGGCGGUCAAUUUCAAUGGUUUGGAUUACGAUACUCUGUUGAAUAAUUCACAGGAUCCAAUGUUGCCAUGCAGUAGCAGCACACCGAGCAACAGUCAACACUUGUCCGUUAAUUUCAAUCAUUUAGAGCCCAUAGUUCCGAAAAUCGAGGAACACGACGAAGUACCAUGUGAGGAUGAAAAUAUGUUCGUAGAAAUAGCGACAGAUAUGGAUAUAGCAACACCCAUCAGUAUACAAUCAUUGUCAUCACUGCCAUCAAAUAGUAGUCGUAUGCAACAAAAGCGUUUGAAAUUGCAUCUACCAUCUGCACCGAUAGCAGAUCCACUGUCGACACCAACCGUACUCGGUGGUAUUGUGGAUCUACAGGUCGAACAAAUGGCUAUUGGUUCUACAAAUUACGGUGAAACUAGCAUCAAUGACAUUGUAGAAGUCUUACAAGAUCCCAGAAGCCAUCCGCUCACAUACAACGAAGAAGAUUUGCCACCAACGCCGCACAGUUACACCUCCACAUCAACAUAUACCAAUGAAUAUACGCCCAGCUCACCGGCACCAUCAAACAUUUCAACCAAUCAGCAGAUGAACAGUAACAAAAAGAAACGGGGACGUCCUGCUAAAACGCGCAGCGACCAACCAGAUCCCUCAAAAUUGUUGAAAAUGCCCGAGGCUGAACGUAAGAAGCUGAUGGAUCGUGCCAAGAAUAAUGAAGCGAGUCGUGUAUCGCGCCGAAAGAACAAAUUGCGCGAGGAGAGGGAAAUACGACUAGAAAACGAACUGUAUGAAGCAAAUAUUCUGGGGCAUGCAGAGCUGGAGAAACUAAAUAAGAUAAAGGAUAAGCUGAAACGCGCUCUGAAGCGUGGACUGUCCACUAAUAGACUACGAAACUUCAAUUAAUCAUCUUACGAGAUCUAUACAUUUAUUACAUUUGUUAAUUGUUAAUUGUUUAAAAUUUUAAGCAGCAAGUUAUAGUAUACCUGUAUUAAGUAUAAGUAUAUUAAGGUGUCAUUCUUUAGUUGUUCCAAUUGUAAACAAUUGCAUGUGUGAAAAUACUCCACGUUUAAUGUUGUUAGAUGAGAUAUGAUAAACAAGUGGAGAUUUAUAUUUUGUAAUCAAUUAAAUACAUAUUAUUUUAAAUUCUUACAAUACGUAUACGUAUAUAUUUUUAAGUUUAUAUGGAAAACAAAAUUAUCUUAAACAUAGUUUACAAAGUAUACAUAUACACACAGUAGUUUUAAAUAAAUGGAAUAAAAAAUAGAUCGCAAGCGAUCAUGAAACCAACAAAA